AUGGGAUUGUCUGUGUCGCGACUGCUCUCGGGCCUCUUCGGCAAGAAGGAGAUGCGUAUCCUGAUGGUAGGUCUGGAUGCCGCGGGUAAGACCACCAUUCUGUACAAGCUCAAGCUGGGUGAGAUUGUCACCACUAUUCCCACUAUCGGUUUCAACGUCGAGACGGUGGAGUACAAGAACAUCUCGUUCACCGUGUGGGAUGUUGGUGGUCAGGACAAGAUUCGUCCUCUCUGGCGUCACUACUUCCAGAACACCCAGGGUAUCAUUUUCGUGGUUGACUCUAACGACCGUGAGCGUAUUCCCGAGGCUCGUGAAGAGCUCCAGCGCAUGCUGAAUGAGGAUGAGCUUCGUGACGCUCUUCUCCUUGUAUUUGCCAACAAGCAGGAUCUUCCGAACGCGAUGAACGCUGCUGAAAUCACCGAUAAGCUUGGCCUGCACAGCCUGCGUCAGCGUCAAUGGUUCAUCCAGGCCACUUGCGCCACCAGUGGUGAUGGCCUGUACGAGGGUCUCGAAUGGCUGAGCACUAACCUCAAGCGCCGCUCGUAA